AUGGUUUACCCCCGGACCGCGCCCCUCCCCGGCCUCACUCCAGCCCCACCCUACUACCAGCCUGAAUUCUUCCGGCUUCAAUGCACGCCACGCUUCAACGCCCGCUACCGCGUGGCGUGCUACCGCGUGGUGUCCUCCCGCUGCUGCAUCGCUUUCCGGGCCGCGGACAGUUCCUCCUGCUGUCACUCCCUGACCGAGUCCUCCGGCACUGGCUCUCCCGACCAUGCGCAGGAAGGCUGGGCUCGCGGGACUCGCGGUUCGGCGUCCCUCCUUCGCCGGGGAGAGAGGCUGCCCUGGCCGGAGCAUCCCGGUCCUGGGAGGCCUGGACUUGCUGGAAGAGCGCGCACGCUUGUCCCGGACUUGUGCACAGACCUGGCCGGCUCCAGUGCUAACCUCAUCCCAAGGGUGACUGCCAUCCGGACCAGCCCAGACCUGCAGUGGCUGGUACGGCCCACUGAGGUGUUCUUGGCGGCCCCAUCACACAAGAUUCCCCCACCCAUACGGAGUUCUUCUGGCCUGGAUGGGGGUUAUCCCGUGAAGACCAUGGCAGGAAGCGGAGCUCAGGACAUUGGCAGCAAGGGCAAGGUGGAACAGGUGAGGAGUCGGUGGGCACCUUCUCUCUGUAGGGAGGGCUGGGGUGGCAGCAUUGGAGGAGAUGGGGAGCACGUGGAUAGAGUGAGGCCACUGAUGGAAUUCACUACACAUCCUGAACUGGCAACCCUGGCUCAAAGCCCUUUUCAUCCUAAGUCAGACUCUGAUAGUUCCACCCCAAGAAACAGCCUAAUAGUUUAUUCUUUAGUAGAUUCCUAUCUCAUGCUUGUAGACUGGGCUCUCCUUUCACUUACUGAGGAUCUUGUAAAAAAGAAAAAUUUGUCUAUUUUAAUACUUUUGUUUGGUAUGUGUAUUUUCUUAAACAAUGUUUUUUAUGGUCAUAUAGUUGAUUUACAAUGUUGUGUUAGUUUCUGGUGUACUAAAUCGCUUUGCAGUACAUCUAUCAAAAUAUGA